AUGAAGGAGGCAAGCUGCCACAAUGAGAAGAUGGAGGCGUACUGCAAUGCGGUGCAUCGCCUCGAGAACAAGAUCGACGGGCUCGAGCUUAACCACAUUGCGCGCAAGUACAACAAGGAAGCGGAUGAAUUGGCCAAGAUCGUGUCCGGGCGGACCCCUGUUCCCCCAAACGUCUUCGCCCGCGACCUCGCCAAGCAAUCCGUCGACUUCAAGAACCCUACGGAAGCCGUCAGAGCAGCACCCGAACCCUCGGGGGCUGCGGCCGUCGAGCCCUCAGCCAAGGACCCCUCGACGGAGGAGCCCGAGGCCAUGGACACUGACAUCGAGACUUCCUCGACGGACGAGGCUGAAGCAAUGGAGAUCGAUGAGGCCCCGCCUCCACGAGACUGGCGCACCCAGUACCUUGACAGGAUGAUUCGAGGGGUCCUACCCUCGGACCACGCUUAG